AUGACGGCAACUGGCGCCGAGCCAGCAGCUCCCGCUACUUCAAUCGCAUCGCUGCAUCUGCUUGCCGACCUAGAAGGCCACGCUUCUCGAGCAUGGCAUCUUGCAUGGAACCCGCGCAUGCCUAUCCUCGCCUCGUGCUCCGGAGACAAGGACGUUCGUCUGCACGCCUACUCUUUCGUCUCGAAAACCUCCGCGGAUGGGCCCUCCACCUUCAAACGGCCGUCGUUCAAUCUUCGCGAAGUGAUCCCAACCGGCCACCAGCGCACCGUCAGACAGGUGGCUUGGUCUCCCGACGGCAAGAUCCUCGCGACUGCCUCUUUCGACUCGACCGUGGGCAUCUGGGAGAGGAUACAGGACAUCGACGGCUCCUCGGAGCUCGAACAUAACACGCCCGGCGCCGGACCGGUUGGGCUCAGCAAAGGUGGUGCACAUGUAGACGAGCCCGAGUGGGACUGCGUUGGAACGCUCGAAGGGCACGAGUCGGAGUGCAAGUCGGUGGCAUUCUCCAACACGGGCGGCGUGCUUGCGUCGUGCAGCCGAGACAAGUCAGUGUGGAUCUGGGAGGUGCAGCCUGAUGCCGAGUUUGAGUGUCUCUCAGUGCUGAUGGAGCACUCGCAGGACGUCAAGGAGGUGGCGUGGCAUCCCAAGGAGGAAGUGUUGGCAUCAGCUUCGUACGACGACGUCAUCAAGCUCUACAUUGACGACCCAUCGGAUGACUGGUUCUGCUAUACGACGCUCUCGGGCCACGAAUCGACCGUGUGGAGUCUCUCGUUUUCGCCCUGUGGCCACUAUCUGGCGUCCGCCUCGGACGACCUCACGGUCCGUAUCUGGCGCCGUCUGGACGCGGAUGAGUGUGAAGCGCACGGCGUGAAACCAGAAGGCAAAAUGGCCGGGCGCAGGGGCGAAAAGUGGAUCGCGGUGAGCGUAAUCAAGGGUCACCAUGACCGCACCGUCUACAGCGUCUCGUGGGGGGUAGACAAGACAUCGUCGCGUGCAGGCAACCUGGGUCGUAUUGCAAGUGGAGGAGGCGAUGGACGUAUCUGCGUCUAUCAAGUGACCGCCUCGGACGAUGCCAAGUCACUGGCACCCAAAGUGGAACUCGUCGGCAAAAUGGAGAGGGCGCAUGGAAGUGCCGAUGUCAACUGCGUCUCGUGGGCGCCUGAGAGUUUAAACGCAAGAGCGGGUGCAAUGGCCAAGAUCGAAGAGCUCAUGGACGACGGCGAGGCGGCCACUAGUGCAGGUGAGGGUCAGGCGUUGUCGCACGAGAUCAUGUCCGACAUGCUGGCCAGUGCAGGCGACGACGGCAGCAUCAAAGUGUGGACGCUAUCCACAUCUCCGUAUGCCGCCGCCGCCGCGGAUAAAUAG